UAAUCGAUCGUACGGUGCGCAUAGUGCGUUUUUGCUUGCCCACCACGAGCUUAAGAUGCACCGGUGAGGACGCACAGGGAAGCAGUUCCGAUCUCGGUUUCUCUAGCGUAGUUGCAUUAGACGAUUCGACCUGCACCAUUUAAUUGGCGGUUCAUUUGCGUUUCAUUUGCUUUCGCGUGCUCGUGCGGUUCGGGUGUGAUUGCGUGUUUUUUUCUUUCUUCCAACGUCGUGAGUCGAGUUUUUCCAGUCUAACAAAACCCAACGUAAGAAAAAAAAAAUGUCGGACACAGCGUCGGAUGCUGGGGAUAGUACGGGAUCGGGUGCAGGAAAGCAGGAGCUGAGCAAAGACCAGUUGAAAGUGUUGCGUGAUGCAUUUAAUGCGUUCGAUAAGGAGAAAACGGGCAGCAUCUCGACCGAUGUGGUCGGUACCAUCCUGGAGCUGCUCGGCCACAAACUGUCCGAGGAGGAGCUGGAAGAGGUGAUCGAAGAGUACGACGAGGAUGAGUCGGGUCAGCUGGAGUUUGAUGAGUUUGUGGCCCUGGCCUCGAACUAUGUCGAGCCGGAGGAGGAUUACGAUGCGCUGCGGAAGGAGCUGCGCGAGGUGUUCAUGAUGUACGACAAGGACGCCAAGGGAUACCUGCCAGUGGAAGAAUUCAAAGCCAUCCUCCGAGAGCUGGAUGGUGCAGUGCCAGAGGAAGAACUCGACGACAUUGUGGACGAAAUUGAUGCUGAUGGAUCAGGCACAGUGGACUUUGAGGAGUUUAUGGAAGUCAUGACAGCUGACUACUACGCGUAAAACCACCACGCCAUGCGGUCGCUUGCACGUAUGGGAUCCACGUGGAUGUACUAAUCCACCACGGUGUACUGAUGACGCACAAUCACCCAUCCACGUGCCCAGCUGAGAGGAAGAUUCUGCACCGCUUGAGUACUUAUGCAAACAAUCAUCCACCAUUUAGAGGAUGCAGUGUGCAACGCGUGUGUGUGUGUGGAUCGCUUGAAGACGCUUGCAUCCAGAUAGAAGCAGACAAAAAGACUAGAUAAUUAGAAAAACAAACCCAGAACGAGAGAGAGAGAGAAAUAGACUUUGGAGUGGUCUCGCUUUUGCCCGGUGUCAUCCUGAAUCAUCCAUCCACGGCACCGGAUAGACGAGGACUCAGCCACUAUUUGCUUCAUGUUCACUCACCUCCUCAGCCCCCCCCCCCCAAUACCUCCCCAUUAUCCACCUAUACACCUGUUUCCCGGCUUCGUCCUGCUAGGGCCGGGUCGGGACAGCUACUGUAACUGAACUGAAAAUAAAUAUUUCAUGCUUUUA